AUGACGUAUCGACAAUACUCCGACUGGUCGUCGGAUCUAGCAUCGACCAUACAUCGAGGCCAUUCAUCGAUCGAACGCAUUGUCUCGACAGAUGAUGGUGAUCAUGAUCGAAUUGAUCAAAAUAAGACAUCUUUUACGUGGUAUUGGUGUUUCAAAUGCUGUAUUUUUGGGUCAUUACUCGCUGGAAUAGGUUUAGCUAUUGUUCUCACAUUCUGGUUAACCUCAAAAACAGCAGCAACGGAAACAUUAAUUUCGCCAACAGUAACAACGACAACAGCGACAACUGCAACAACGACAACAACAACAACUGUAACAACAACAACAGCAACAACCACAACAACGACGACAACAACAACAACAACGACAACAACGACAACAGCAACAACAACAACAGUGACGACAACAACAAUGACAACAGCAACAACAACAACAGUGACAACAGCAACAACAACUACAACAACAACUGCAACAACAACAACAGCAACGACAACAACAGCAACGACAACAACGACAACAGCGACAACAACAACGACAGCGACAACGACAACAACAACAACAGCACCAAUAUGCGGCACUUUUCCUACCAGCCCAACAGGGCAGAUUUUGAAUUCUUUCGCUAGAAGUGGUUCAAAUUUCCCGCUCAUGACAUAUACAAAAUACAAUUCUAGUUUUACGGCAAGUGGUACCUUAGCAACUCUAUCAUUUAUUAUAAUGGGUGAGGGUGGAAAUGGUGCCGUCCACUAUUGGUUAUUAGACGACGUAAUUGUCAAUCAUACAAACGCAAAUGCAAAUGUUCUUACUAAUGGUGGUUUUGAAACCGGAGAUUUAAGUGGUUGGACACAGUAUUGUAACACGACUGCUAAUUGUGAUGGAAAAACAACUGGUAAUUAUGCGCAUACGACAACAAGUCCAUGUUAUGCAGGAACAUACUGCGUUUAUGAUUCAUGUUUAAAUACUGAUUACCUAGAACAAUCGUUUUCUACUGUACCUGGAGAUUACUAUAUCAUAUCAUAUUAUGUGAGAAACGGUAAUAAUGAUGCAGGGCCUAUAGCGAUGUAUGUUACAUUAACUUAA